GUUUCGGAAGUGACGUCAGAAAUUAUUUCCCCUUUGACCUUAAACUACAAUUUACCCAUAGUGCACAGGGCCGCCAGGAAACAGGAAGUCGCUAUGGAACAUGCAGGGGCAAGUGCUUCUCCAACUGACGAACAUGCAGGACAGCAGGCCAAUCAGCUCGCAGGAAGCGAAGGGGCUUCUGCUCUGGUUCAGGAAAUGGACCAAUCACAUGACAUUAUAGCUUGCAAUCAGCCAAUAGCUGCUCAACAUGAUCUCACCAAUCAUAAUGAAGUAUUGGCAGCAGAUGGAGGCAGAAGUAGCCAAUCAGACAGCAGUGAUACAGGAGCUGCAAUGUUAAAGACUCAUACUGACAUGCUAUUGGCCAAUGCGUAUGAGCUACGGGAAGAUGGAGUAAUGUGCGAUGUUGUGCUUAGUGCAGAUGGGCAAACAUUACCCGCUCAUAAACCCAUCUUGAUUUCAAGUAGUCUCUACUUUAAAGAGAAGCUAGAAAGUACGGACGCUAAAAGCAUGGCAAUGGAUAUCCUCCCCUUCGACAAACUACAAGUGAUGGUGGAUCUUUUAUAUGGUCGAGUUUUACCCAAUACAAACCUGUCAAACAGCGAGGUCUACGAGAUGAUAAAGAAUCUUGGUGUCUUCUGCGGGAACGGGAUCACGACUCGGCGAGACUUUGGACGCUGUCUGCAGUUACACCACGCAGAGCCUCUGCUGCAAGGUUUAAGUGAGCUCAGAGACAAAGAGAAAUACACAGACUUCACCGUCAACACAGAAUGCGGCAGUAUCAAAGUGCACAAACUGGUCAUUGCUAGCUGUAGCGACUACUUCAAGGCCAUGUUUACGUCCGGAAUGAAAGAAGCAGGAAUGGACCACAUCGACCUCUCGGGUGUUAACGGCGAAGGGUUGAGGUCGUUGAUCGAUUUCAUGUACACUGGAAGAAUGGACCUAACCGGAGAGAAAGCUCUGCAACAGUUAGAAGUAGCCACCUACCUACAGGCAGUGUCUGCCAUUGAGCUCUGCUGCGAUUACUUCAUCCAGUCGCUAAGCCUACAGAACUGUAUGGACAUGCAGCAGAUUGCUGUGGAGUACUGCCUCCCAAGGCUAGAGGCAGCAUUCUGUGAGCUAAUUGCUGGGAACUUCAAGACGUUUUCUAGUUCUACAGAUUUUCUUAAGCUGACUGUGGCACAAAUGGAGGCCAUCCUGGGCAGUAACUCUUUACAGGUGGCCCACGAGGGACAGGUCCUUUUCACCGCGUGCAAGUGGCUGCGAUACGAGUGCGAGGGAUCGCGGAUGCAGCAUGCUCUGAGACUGAUGAAGAAGGUUCGAUUCCCGAUCAUGAGCUACCGGCAGCUGAUGAUCGCGGUGGAGGGACCUGCUCGCGCUAUUUUCAACGAGGUGCCGGAUUGCCUGAGCCUCGCGGAGGCCGGAGUCAGGUUUAACGAGGAGCUCUCCCGCCAGCCGCUUGUGAGGUCGCCGGAAACAAGGAUACGCUCGGACUUCAGGACAAUCGUCGUCUUUGGCGGCUCCCAAGAGAGCGACCAAACCGCCAACAUCUACUAUCUGUACCCUCCCACGAGGGAGUGGAAGAGCCUUGGGCAGAUCAGGCUUCCCCAGGAGAUCAGCUAUCACAGCUCGGCCGUCAUCAACAAUUUCGUCUACAUCGCUGGAGGAGAGUCCAACGCCGUGAUUGGCUACCACUCGGCGAUGAAGACGGUGUGGCGGUUCAUGCCCAACUGGCAGGACGGCCGACACGGCCGCUGGUAUCGCGCCGCAUCCAUGCUCGAGAAGCGGACCGAUUUUUACCUGGCAGCGACCAACGACCGCUUGUACGCCGUGGCGGGUAGAAACGGGAACCACGAGCUCUCGUCCGUCGAGGUUUACGAUCCCGAAACUGACUCAUGGGACUUUGGCGAAAGUCUGGACAAUCCUGUGUACGGACAUGCAGGGGUCGUUCACGAUGGGGUGAUCUACAUAUGUGGCGGGGGCUCCAUGAACGAAUAUCGAGCAGACUUGUGGUGUAUGGACCCUAGCACCUCACAGAGGUGGUCCCAGAAACCGUCCAUGCGGCGGCCUCGUGCCUUCCACCACAUGUCGGCCGUCGGAGACUGCCUGUACGCCAUGGGAGGGUACCAGAACCUGACCGGGGAAGACAUUGUGUAUUACAUGCACUUUGCUGUUGUGGACGUGUUGGAUGUUGAGUGCUACAACAUUCGCACGGGCCAGUGGUCUACAGUGCAGUCACUGGUAACCCCACAAACUGGAGGUGCCAGCAUUGCAUACAAUGGAGAGAUCUAUUUGCUGGGUGGCUGGUCCUUCAGUGUCGAGCCUUACUGUACUCUCGCGGACGUCCACACCUACAACCCCACCCGCAACAGCUGGGAGCGUUUCGCCGACCUCCCGGAGAAACUCGGCGGGUCGGGAUGUUGUACCAUCACCCUCCCACAGGCCUUUGGGAGGUGCAUGUGCCAGGAGGAGGAGGAGGAGUGUUACAUCCACCCUCCAACCAAUCACAAAGAAGCUGGUGAUGAGGAUGAUGAUGACUGCAGUGAUGAUGAUGAUGAUGUAGAUCCUAACAAUGUUGAAGUAACAGAACAAGAAGUGCUGGUGUAAUGCAUUUGAAGAAAAUUAUUUUCUUAUUUUUGAUGCUCAAAUGCUUGAACCUGCAUGGAGCAAAGAGUCUCAAUAUGGUAAAAUUUAAGAAUGUUCCCUCUUUUGAUUCCUAUAGAUGCAAUUUUUUCUAAAAAUAGAAAUGUUUUUAUUAAAAAUUGAACCUUAGACAUUGCUUCUUGAAGUGUGCAGAAGGAAGAACUUGAGGGAUCAUGUUAAAAGGGAAAAUAGAUUAAAAGGAACUAAGAAAUUAAGUUACUGCUUGUCAUAAUAUUUGUUUCUCAGAUUUUAUGUCUGUACAUUUGGUUUGUAUAAUUUGAAUCCCAUUACCUUACAUUUGAGUGUUGUUCAUUGUUGCAGCUACCAGAAAUUCUAAUUUUGGUGGUAUGUACCUAACAAAGUAAUUAAUAUAUACAAAAUGUUUAUUACCCAGAAUAUGUUUAGUGUAAAGGGGGUAUCUCUCUACUAUGUACUUAUAAUGAAGUAGCAUGCUAAUUGUAUAAGUAUGACUAAAAAGACAACAAAGCAAAGGAAGCAUAAAACAAUGAUUUUUUCAUCAAUGAAAUUAGUUAAGCGUUCUGUCAAAUCACUUGGCUGCAGUAAUGAGGACACUGUAUCACAGAUUCAGUGAGACACUCCCUAAGGUGAUAGAAGAUAGUAUUGCACUUAUUGCAUGUCAAGAAUAAAAGAAUGCUGUGUGUUGCAAAAAUCCACAUUAUAAACUAGACUUGUAAACAAUGAAUAGAAUGCAAGGAUGUGUAUAAAUUGUAUACUACCCACCAAAUAUCAGGAAGAUUUUCUGUUUUACAAUUUUGCAAAAUAGCUGUGGACAGAAGAGCCACAUUUUUAAGUACUUAACUCAAUUUGAGCCCGACAAACAGUAAUAAAAAUGCUGGUAAGUAAAUAGAUAUGUGUAAACUUGAAAUGUCUUAGCAGUAAAUGUUUACAUAUUCAACAUGUAUGAACGAAUGUAUGGAUUUUAUACCAGUUAUACAUGUAAUUGCUGCUGCAGUUUUGAUGUAUGGUGCAAGGUGGAGCUGCUGUUUCACAAGCCUCGUUUUUUACCACCACUGCUGUGCUAUAUACAACAUACAAAUCACAUGUGCAUAGUUAACGAAACUUUGAUACUUGUCAACUUCUACAGGAAAGAAAGUAAUCAUACUGUAUUUAGGCAGUAAAGAUAGCACUUGUUUUACAUCAUUUUCUAAUAGUAAUAUGAUGAUACAAAACUGUCAGACAUUUAAUUUGCUGUGUUGUUGCCCAGGUUAUACCUUCUUUUGACAUGCAGUAUCUUCUGAAGGUAGAUAUUGUGAUACAGACACUAAAUCACCAAAUCUCAAGAGUCCUGUCACAACUCAAUAGAAUUUCUAAGUAUGAUAAUAUGGUUUUUAAAUAACAAAUAUACAGUGUUCCUGUUUGACUUGGAAUUCUUUGCAGUACUCAUGGCAGUAACAAUAAAAUAAUGUGAUAAAGACGUUG